GAUUUGGAAUUCUUAAUUUUCCACGCAAGUUUUUGAAAGCACCAGUCUUUUUCUUUCGCCUGAUAAUCAAAGAUUUUCUCUUUCUUAUUUUCUUGUUCUAAUCAGUUUCUUGAAAUCAAGUCGUUACCUUUCUAUUAACGGUAGGAUUAUUAUGAUUAACCCAGAAAUCAUCGUCCAAUAAAUUUUCCAUCGAUCACGGAUUUCUUUGUUUCAGCCGUCUUCAAAUCCGUUUUCCCGGCUUGCUAAUCCCGAGUUUUUCUACUUCUCACUGUCUCUUCCUGUUCGAAAAUGGUGGAAAACCCAAAAUCCCAUCUGGGUUUCUCUUCGUUUCUUCUCUUCUUCUUCGCGAUUGCUUCGCUUUCUCUCUGCAAACCCGCACUUUCCGUCCCCGAAAGAGGACCCGACCCGAGUCCGCCAACAGUCUACGAAAUCCUCGCCCAAUACGGACUCCCAAGCGGGUUAUUACCCGACUCGGUCACCGGCUACACACUCUCCGACGACGGCCGGUUCGUCGUCGAGUUGGCGAAACCGUGUUACGUGCAGUUCGACUACUUGGUCUACUACGAGAAAAAAAUCACGGGGGAGCUCGGGUACGGGUACAUCAAGGACCUGGAAGGGAUUCAGGUGCAGCGAUUCUUCUUCUGGCUCAAUGUGAACGAGAUCAAGACCGAUUUGCCGCCGUCCGAUUCGAUUUACUUUCAGGUUGGGAUCAUCAACAAGAAGCUCAGAGCAGAUCAGUUCAAGACUGUACAUUCCUGCCGUAAAGGUGUCUCCGGCUCUUGCCAAAAUUCAUGGAAACGGUUUGUUGAGGUAUGGGGUUUCACUGAUUUUGUUUUAUGUUGAUGGAUUCAUCGCUGGUUUUCAUAUUUUUCGUGGAAUUGCUUUGCGAAUAUGAAUUAGUUCUGUAAUUUUAUCUGGAUUUUUUUGCAGCUAAACCCUUAUUUAUUAGUGUUGGGGUUUUUAGUUAUAGCAUUUCUUGCUGUGGUUUUUACAGCUAAAACCCUAAUUUUGUUACAGGAUUGAAUUAUGUAUGAAUCAAAUUCACUUUUACCUUUGAAUUUCUUGGAGCAGAACUUCAAUUUCUAUUUUAUCUAGCUAGGGAUUAGAAACCCAUUGUUUGAAAUAUGAAAAAGC